GGGUCAUCAGAGAGGCUCCGCUGGGCCCAGAGGAGCAGCAGGGCUGCAUCCCCCGCCUGGGCCCCUGCUCCACCCGGGUCCGAGAUUCUCAGGAGUGACCUUGACUCAUCUCUUAUUUCCUUACGUGCCCCUGCCCACUUCCCAGGAAAGAGGAAGAAGCAGGCUGGCCUGAGAGGCACCCAACUCCCUACUUAAUGUGCAGGCCGCCUGAGCCCUGAGCCAGGCGUCCCCCUCGCCCCAGACCGCAGCCACUUGCUCUGUGUGCCUUUCUUGUGCCUCAGUUUCCCUUUGGGGACGAUGGCGGGGAGAGGCUCCGUGGUGUCCUCCCUGGCAUGUCAGGGCUGUAACUCUGCUAAGGAACUUCCCCGGGUUCCCCGGGUGAACCCUCACUUCCUCCGAGCCUGGCACCACUCGCCCAUCUCUGCCAGGAUGCCAACGAGGCGCUGGGCCCCGGGCACCCAGUGCAUCACCAAGUGUGAGCACACCCGCCCCAAGCCGGGGGAGCUGGCCUUCCGCAAGGGCGACGUGGUCACCAUCCUAGAGGCCUGCGAGAACAAGAGCUGGUACCGCGCCAAGCACCAUGCCAGUGGGCAGGAGGGGCUGCUGGCGGCCGGCGCGCUGCGGGAGCGCGAGGCCCUCUCGGCCGACCCCAAGCUCAGCCUCAUGCCGUGGUUCCACGGCAAGAUCUCGGGCCAGGAGGCCGUGCAGCAGCUGCAGCCGCCCGAGGACGGGCUGUUCCUGGUACGCGAGUCCGCGAGACACCCGGGCGACUACGUGCUGUGCGUGAGCUUCGGCCGUGAUGUCAUCCACUACCGCGUGCUGCACCGUGACGGCCACCUCACCAUCGAUGAGGCCGUCUGCUUCUGCAACCUCAUGGACAUGGUGGAGCAUUACAGUAAGGACAAGGGGGCCAUCUGCACGAGGCUCGUGAAACCCAAGAGGAAACAGGGCACCCGGUCAGCGGAGGAGGAGCUGGCCAAGGCUGGCUGGUUACUGAACCUGCAGCAUUUGACGCUGGGAGCUCAGAUCGGAGAGGGCGAGUUUGGCGCCGUCCUGCAGGGCGAGUACCUGGGGCAGAAGGUGGCCGUGAAGAACAUCAAGUGCGACGUGACAGCCCAGGCCUUCCUGGAUGAGACUGCCGUCAUGACGAAGAUGCAGCACAGGAACCUCGUGCGCCUACUGGGCGUGAUCCUGCACCAGGGGCUGUACAUCGUCAUGGAGCACGUCAGCAAGGGCAACCUGGUCAACUUCCUACGCACCCGGGGCCGGGCCCUUGUGAACACUGCCCAGCUCCUGCAGUUUUCUCUGCACGUGGCGGAGGGCAUGGAGUACCUAGAAAGCAAGAAGCUGGUGCACCGGGACCUGGCCGCCCGCAACAUCCUGGUUUCUGAAGACCUGGUGGCCAAGGUCAGCGACUUCGGCCUGGCGAAGGCUGAGCGGAAGGGGCUGGACUCGAGCCGGCUGCCGGUCAAGUGGACGGCGCCCGAGGCUCUCAAACACGGAAAGUUCACCAGCAAGUCGGAUGUCUGGAGUUUUGGGGUGCUGCUCUGGGAGGUCUUCUCCUAUGGACGGGCUCCAUACCCCAAGAUGUCGCUGAAGGAGGUGUCCGAGGCCGUGGAGAAGGGGUACCGCAUGGAGCCCCCCGAGGGCUGUCCGGGCCCCGUCCACGCCCUCAUGGGCAGCUGCUGGGAGGCGGAGCCCGCCCGCCGGCCGCCCUUCCGCAAACUGGCCGAGAAGCUGGCCCGGGAGCUGCGCAGCGCGGGCACCUCGGCCCCCGUCGGGGGGCAGGAGGCCGACGGCUCCACCUCGCCCCGAAGCCAGGAGCCCUGACCCCACCCGGCGGAGCCAGGGGCCCUAGAGGACCGAGAGAUCGGGGGGCACAGCGCGGGGGCGCAGGCCAGGCCUAGGGAGGGCCCGGGCCAGAGAGCUGCCCUCCCGGUGCCCAGGGCAGGGCAGGCCCACGUGGGGGGCUCGGGGCAGCCCAUGGAUGCCCUAGACCUGCGAAGGAUCAUCGCCUCGAUAAAGACCGAUUCUAAGGAC